GUUGGACGACAGUGCUUCGCAGGUGUUGCUUGACUGUCUCAUGCAGCGCAAGAACAAGAAGCCACAGCCAGCUGUGGCUGAGAAGGCCCCUGAGGAUGAUACCGCGAGUCCCCUCACAGGCAAGGAAAUGGCUGCCAGGAAGGCGUGGUUGCCCCCCAAGCAUGAGGAAGAACCAUCUGCUAAGAAGCCAGGGCUGAGUUCUAUCCUGAAGAAACCUUCUGUUGCCCCGCAGCCCAAGAAAGCUUGCGAAGAUGGUGCUGAGGACUUCCAGCGCCAGCUGGAAGCGGAGAUUGAUACGCAGAUUGAUGAGGUGAAAGAUGAGCCGAAAGAUGAAGAAAAGGCGGAAACGCCGGCGCCACCCAGCAAGUAUGCAAAGGCCAACAGCACCAGCCACCGGACGGAAUGGAUGAAAAUGACGAGGCGCUUUGAGUGUGAGGAUGCGCGUGCGAAGUGGCCCGAGAUUGCAAAGCUUUGGGACUCGUGCCGUGAGGCUGGUCAUGAAUGGGCCAAAAUCGAAGCACUGGUCCGCAAAGGCGGCGAAGAGGAUGAGGACGCGCCGGACGAUCCCUGCAGCACCCUCUAUUGGGCCCGCACCGGGGGCAAGAAGAGCGAAUGUGAUUCCCGGAAGCAGGUGAUUCAGACAGAUGUUGCGGUGCGCACGGAUGCCGACAUGGCCGAGUCCCUUCUGGGCGGGGCCUCAUCCGAGAGUUCUGGGCGGGCGAGGUUUGCAGACAAGGCCACGGCUGACGGGUUGGGUGUUUUGAACGACCUCCGGAACAACCCCGCUGGCAACACCAAAGGGACCAACGACAUGGAGGAGCUGGAUGAGGGCGAGCUGGGAGAUUUCAUGGCUGAGUGCGAAUCCGUGGUGGAGGAGUGCAAGCUGGUGCGGGUUCAGGCCCGGGCAGUUGUGGCUGAGCGCAAGAAGGGCAAGUUAGCGCAAACCGUGGGUCAUGGCUACAGCUCUAUGCUGCAUUUGGCCUCUCUAGCCGAGAUUGUUGACAGCGACUUACUGUCGACUCUUGACGAAACGAACACGAAAGAGCGUGAUGUGCACAAUGGUGCAAAACGGCUGGGCAUAUCGCUGCCUGCUAACAUUUCCUAUGUGGAUAUCCCUUUGCAGAAGUCAGCGGAUGACAGAACUGUUGUCUACGAAAAGUGGCCUCUCCUGCUGCCUUAUGAGUUAGUUAGUGGUAUUCUCAAUCAUGGAUUCCUGGAAAGUUUGGUGCCUGAUCUGGCCUUGAUUCCCCGCGUCUGGGAGCAGAUCUUCUUCGAUUUUCCGGUGAUGAAUCUUCGAGCCUUUGUGACUGGGUUCAAGGGUGACUGGAAAGGGAUCAAGCAGGUGCUGAAUUUCAUUCGUUAUGCAGACAAAGAUGAGGUGGGACUGGAGUCUAUGGACUACGCGUUUACAAAUUUGGAUGACUCGGCCCCAUUCUGGAGAACGCUUUACACUGAUGAGCCAUGGACAAUUGCACCUGCGUACAGUGGCCUCAAAGGAUUUGAUUUGCGUAUGGCAAUGCCAGAUAUCCUUCACGUAUGGCAUCUAGGAGUCGGCAGAGAUUUAGCAGGCUCGGCCAUUGUCUUUAUGAUCAAGGAGACUGAUAUUUUUCAGGGCGCUAACCAAGGAGAACGUUUGCAGAAUGCAACAAUGAGCCUCAAACAAUUUGCCAGAUCUCAGAAGCUGCCCCUGAAGCUCCACAAAUUGAGCAAGACAAAGUUGGGAUGGACCGGGAAGACAUUUCCUGAACUGAAAUCCAGCGGCUACGAUACCUACGUGACACUCAAGUGGCUGCUUCAGCUUUCCCGUGAAUUUUCUGAUGCCCUACCAAACUCCCUUUGCUCGUGUUUGUGGACGGCUGAUCAUGUCAUUUCGCUGCUUACGAAUGCAGGUCGCUACUUGACUGAGGAAGAACAAUUGAACAAAGAAAUGUUCGGCAUGCUGUUCCUUCGGGAGUACAUGGUAUUGGCCAGCGUAGCAUUGACUCAAAGGAAACGUUUGUACAG